AUGGCAGCUUCUUUCCCUCCUCUGUUGUAUACAACAUCAUUGAUGACUAUAUUCAGGGAGAAUAUGAUGAAGCGGAUGAAGCUCAGGAAAUCUAUGCACCAACCGAUGCUGAAAUCGCUGCAGGACCUGUGGGACACCACUUCGGUCUCUUUGUCUAUUACGGUGAUGAUGAGAAUGGGGAACCUUAUUUUGAGAUCUAGGACACCCGUGGUGAGGCCUUUGGUGAUGGUGGUUUCCUCCGGGUCUCGGCUCGUGGUCAGCUCAUCGAUGGCUUUGUUGACAGGUUUUACAACUAGGGUUGAGGAGGACGUUUGA